GGAAUUGCACGUCAACGCAAGCGUAUGGUGACGUUUCAGAGACGAGGAGGGGCGUGGAGAGGCGCUAUAGUAAUCCGUAACCCCGGGAAACAACAGCAGCAGUCAGCCGAGAAUUUUGAGAUAGGGGCUGUGGAACGUACAGCCACCCGCACAACUUUGGAAUAUAGUGAUACCAUUACAUCUUAUCACAAUGGUGCUUCGGUGUAGAUAUUUGCUAAUUCGUGUGGCCCUUAUUUGUUUGCUAGAAUGGACCCAUAUAUAUGCCUUCAACUUGGAUACCAUAAAUGUUCUGAGGAAAGACGGAGAACCGGGCAGUUUAUUUGGAUUUUCUAUAGCCAUGCAUCGGCAACUUAAUCCUUCAGAUAAGCGAAUACUGUUGAUUGGAGCACCGAGGGCCAGAGCGCUGGCCAAUCAGAGGGCCAACAUAACCGGAGGCCUGUACAGUUGUGACAUCACCACUGAAUCUGAUGACUGUGAACGCGUUGAGUUUGACAAUGAAGAGGAUGUGAGAGUUGAAAACAAGGAGAAUCAGUGGAUGGGUGUGACCGUUAACAGCCAGGGACCCGGAGGGAAGAUUGUGACGUGUGCUCAUCGCUACCAGAGACGUUUGUUUGUGGACACUGCUCAGGAGUCCCGUGACAUCACAGGCCGCUGCUAUGUCCUGAGUCAGGACCUGACUAUCGAUACAUCGUCUGAUGAAGACGGCGGGAACUGGAAGUUCUGUGAGGGCAGAGCCAGAGGCCAUGAGAGGUUUGGCUCCUGCCAGCAGGGUCUGUCUGCCACAUUUACCAAGGACUACCAUUAUGUGGUGUUUGGAGCGCCUGGCGCAUACAACUGGAAAGGCAUUGUACGUGUAGAGCAAAAGAACAACACUUUGCUGGAAAAGGGAUUUUAUGAUGACGGGCCUUAUGAAGUUGGUGAUGAGAACCGACUGGAUCCGGAUCUGGUGCCUGUACCUGCUAACAGCUACUUAGGAUUUUCCCUUGAUUCUGGCCACAGUAUCACCAAGGGGCGUGGCCUGACUAUUGUGUCCGGUGCACCGCGAGCCAAUCAUUGUGGUGCUGUGGUCCUACUGAGAAAAGAGAAUGACGCAUCGGCAAGACUCUCCCCAGAGUACAUUCUGGAAGGCCCUGGACUGGCGUCUUCUUUUGGAUAUGAUGUAGCUGUGGUUGAUCUGAAUGGAGAUGGGUGGCAGGAUAUUGUUGUAGGAGCCCCUCAAUUCUUCAUGAAAGAGGGAGAUGUUGGAGGAGCUGUUUAUAUCUACAUCAACCAAGCUGGAAAGUGGGACAAGAUCAACCCAAUCCGCCUUAAUGGAACCAAAGAUUCCAUGUUUGGCCUGGCAGUGGAGAACAUUGGAGACAUCAAUCAAGACUCUUAUCAAGACAUUGCUGUUGGAGCUCCUUAUGAUGACUCUGGAGCAGGAAAGGUAUACAUUUAUCACGGUUCUGCUGAUGGAAUCAACACCAAGCCUGCACAGAUCCUUGAAGGAAAGCCCAACAACAUCAGAUUAUUUGGAUAUUCUCUAGCUGGGAACAUGGAUUUAGAUAAGAAUUCAUACCCAGAUAUAGCCAUUGGUUCCCUCUCAGAUGUAGUUCUUGUUUACAGGGCAAAGCCAAUUAUUAGCAUAAAAAAGGAUGUCAAAAUUACUCCAAAGGAAAUUGACUUGACAAAGAAAACCUGUGGCAACAAUAUCUGCUUGACCGUGGAAGCAUGCUUCACCUAUAAAGCAAACCCUGCUUCAUACAGCCCAAAACUAACUAUCAGCUAUACAUUUGAGUCUGAGGCAGAACGCAGGAAGCAAGGUCUGCCCUCUCGGGUUAUUUUCCUAAAUAAGUCUCACACUGACCAGGACUUCCAGUCCUCUGGAACUCUGGACCUCCGAGGACAAAACAAAAGAAUGUGCACCAAAACCAAAAUCAGACUGCAGGAUAACAUUAGGGAUAAGCUGCGUGCCAUUCCCAUUGAGGUGACAGUGGGAAUCCAGGGUACAAAGCGUCAGAAAAGGCAGAAUGGUCUCCCCCAGCUUGUGCCUGUUCUUGACAACUCCCAGCCAAGCAAGGUUGUCACUGAGGUGAAUUUCUUGAAAGAGGGAUGUGGAAAUGAUAACAUUUGCCAGAGUAAUGUACAACUGGAGUACAGGUUCUGCUCUAAAGAGUCCAACCAAGACAUAUUCCUACCACUACCUAUGGAGAAUGGGCUACCAGUGAUCUCCCUCAGCGAUCAGAAGGACAUAGCUCUGGAGGUCCUGGUGAGGAACAGGAACGGUGAUGACGCCCAUGAGGCUAAGCUGGUGGGGACGUUCCCCAAUGCACUCUCAUACUCCGGCUUCCGCUCUCAGAAAACCACGAGGGAUAAACCUGUGCUAUGUUUAGCCAAUCAGAAUGGCUCCCAAACAGAGUGUGAACUGGGAAAUCCAUUCAAAAGAGAUUCAGAGGUUACUUUCUACAUAAUCCUGAGCACUGCUGGUAUCUCUCUCAAUACCACAGAAAUCCAUAUUGAUCUGGAGCUUCAAACGACCAGUACACAGGACAAAAUGGGAAGAGUGAAAGCAAAGGCCAAAGUAGUGAUAGAACUGUUACUUUCUGUUGCAGGAGUUGCCAGACCAUCCCAAGUGUAUUUUGGGGGCGAUGUAAAAGGAGAGAGUGCAAUUAAGACGGAAGAGGAGAUUGGCAGUUUGAUUGAUUAUGAAUUUAAGAUAAUCAAUUUGGGUAAGCCAUUGAAAUCCUUUGGCACAGCCUCGUUGAACAUCCAUUGGCCCAAAGAGAAUGUGGAUGGGAAAUGGCUUUUAUAUCUGGUUAGGAUCAGCACAACUGGCCUGGAAGAGAUCCCCUGCUCUCCUGAGACUGAGAUCAACUCCCUUAAGCACAUUCAGGAGUCCAGCACAUCUAGGACAAAGCGUGAACUUGGAGGCCAAAAAUCUGCAGGAAAAAUCUAUUUGUUAUCAGAUCAAAGAAAGCACAAGAUUUUGACCUGUGGCAGUGGCUACGACGCUAGAUGUGUGAUAGUCAAGUGCCCUCUACAGGGUUUGGACAGUAAUGCAGUGAUUGUUCUAAGAUCCCGUCUGUGGAACGCUACCUUCCUUGAGAAUUACGCGUCUUUGAACUACCUUGAAAUAAUUGUGAAAGCUUCCAUCAGCCUUGAUACUCCUGCAAAGAAUAUGGUUCUCAGGAAUGCUGAGACCCAGGUGAGACUCACAGUGUUUCCGGAGAAGGCUGUUGCGCAGUAUGGUGGAGUUCCCUGGUGGAUCAUUCUUGUGGCUGUCCUGGCUGGGAUACUGAUGUUGGCGUUGCUAGUGUUUCUUCUCUGGAAGUGUGGAUUUUUCCAGCGCUCAAAACAUGAUGACAGCGUUCCAAGAUACCAUGCUGUACGGAUAAGUAAAGAGGCUCGUCAGUUUAAAGAUGGAAAAGCUAAACUGGAUUCCUUUGAGAAAAAGCAAUGGAUGACAAGUUGGAAUGAGAAUGAGAGCUACUCAUAAGACACUUGACUGUUGGAAUGCUGCCAUGAUCAGGAUUCUUUUUUAAACACUGAAAGUGACAAAUCCGUUUAUCUUGUUUCUUGAUUUUACACAGUCUAAUGCCAAUGACUGCAUUUGGAAAGAGUCCAUUUCUAUUCUUUCCAUGGAUUCCCAGGUGAAAAAUGUAUUCCUAUCUGAGCAAAUAGCAAGCAUCACAUCUUAAUUUAAGAAGAAAGCAAAAAAGUACUAUAUUUUUUUCUAAAUCAGGACUUUUUAAAUUAACUGCGUUUUAAUCUGUAAUGUUUAGUUGUUGAUAAUCUUUUGUUGUUUCUUUGAAAUAAUUGUCAUCCAAUCUCUAUUGUACAAAUUACAAUGUUUAGAUUGAGACAAUUUGUAUGUUUUGUAUAUAUUUAAAUACUUUAGCACACUGUAUAUUUAUUUGUGUCAUCAACUGUAAAAAAAGUGAAAUGCAUUGACCAAAUACUUUUUUAUAGUUUACGUCAAUACAAUAAGUCAGGAAAAGGGUACUACUGAUGAAGUACAUUCUCAAAAGUAUUACUUUAUGUGAAUAAUAUUGUUAAUGGGACUCACUUUAUUCAAGUUAUGAAUAUAAAAAAGGUAUUUAAUUUCCACAAGUCAUAGUUUGUGCAAUGUUUUUUUAUAUUAUUCAAAACAAUUCAACAAAACUGCACUGUUAAGCAUGUUUUACACCAACAACCAAGAGAGCUUAUCAGUUAUGAGUUGUAACAAUUCAAACCAAAGCAUUUUGCCCUUAUCAAAGUCUUCCUAUUAUGUCUGAAUUCAAUCUGGGAGAUAUUUAAAUUUGCAGUCUGGGACUUAGCGAAUAAUAAACAAUUAUUUUUAAACCUCCCAUUUUGGGCAGGAUCUGUAAUGUUUUUUAAAUGUGCAUAAUCUAUACUGUACGUAGAAUCACUGUCAUACCUCAGUUAGUAAAGACAUUUGAAGUGUGAAACCAGUGUUUUUGAUUAUAUGCAUUGUGUCCAAUAUCACAUGAUGUUCACUCAAUCAGAAAUAACCUUUCAAUAUUAAAAACUCUACGAGCACCUGAA